AUCGUCUCCAUCAUCACUCCCAUCGCUUUGUCCAGCUCCCACGGUCCCCUCUCAGUCCCUUCGCUUGCCGAUUUUCUCUCCGAUCUACAGUUUGAUUUCUUUCGUUUUUAAUUUGAUUUAAAGCGAACUCGCUACACAGAGAAUAUGUCUCGGAGAUACGAUUCCAGGACAACCAUCUUCUCUCCGGAGGGUCGUCUAUAUCAAGUCGAAUAUGCGUUGGAGGCUAUCUCGCAUGCCGGCACGGCGCUGGGCAUCUUAGCCAAGGAUGGUAUUGUCCUUGCGGCCGAGAAGAAGGUGACGAGCAAGCUGCUCGAGCAGGACACAUCCGCAGAGAAACUCUACAUCCUGAACGACAACAUGAUUACAGCUGUUGCUGGUAUGACGGCUGACGCCAACAUCCUGAUCAACUACGCCCGACAAGCCGCCCAGCGGUAUCUUCUCACCUACAACGAAGAUAUCCCCUGCGAACAACUCGUGCGCCGGUUGUGUGAUCUGAAGCAAGGAUAUACGCAGCAUGGUGGUCUCCGUCCGUUCGGUGUAUCGUUCAUCUACGCCGGUUAUGAUCCCCUCCGCGAGUUCCAGUUGUACCAGAGCAACCCCAGUGGUAACUACGGCGGCUGGAAGGCGACUAGUGUGGGAGCGAACAACGCAAGCGCGCAGAGUCUACUCAAGCAAGAUUACAAGGAGGAUUGUGAUUUGAAGGAGGCCUGUGCUAUGGCCGUGAAGGUCCUGAGCAAGACCAUGGAUUCGACCAAGCUCAGCAGCGAGAAGAUUGAAUUCGCUACCGUGGGCAAGACCAAGGAGGGGAAGAUCUACCACCACCUGUGGAACGCCGACGAGAUCAACGCUCUCCUGAAGGAGCACGGGUUGGCCAAGGUCGAUGACGAGCCCGAGGCUGGUGACUUAAAAUAAGUGCUAGACAAGGAAUGAGUUAAUGUUGCGUCCGAUGACCUGAUCGAGAUAAUCCCAUGUG